AUAUGAUUUUAAAAUGGGUGGUCGCGCCUUUGACAUCUGACUCUAUAUUUGAUACUGCUACUAAACAGCUGCGCCCGGUGCAGGCCAGCAUUCGCAGAUGGCCAGUGGACUGCUGUUGAAAUUACAUGCUCCAAAACCUCUUUCUCUUUUAAUGGGGCAGGCUCCCAUGUGAAGAAACUUGGCAUUUACAGUUUCCUCUCCAGACGAAAAGAGAUUCCCUAGAGAACGAAGACCUGCAACCCACAGACGAUUUUCACGAUGCAGCAGCACAAAGACCUUAAAAUGUAUUGAGGAAGUACAAUCAUGGUCCUCACAUGGACAAUUUUCCAGAAGGAGAAAGAAUCACUGGAGCGUGAUGAGUCAAAACGCUGGUAUAAAUAGCAUCAGCAAGGCGAAUCAUGAAUAAUGAAGAAGCCGCCCGUCCCACUGGAGCAAGAAGGCACAAGUCAUAGGCCUCACAUGAUGUCAACACACACUAACAAGGUCCUGUGUCUUAAACAAAGCAUCCACACUCUAAAUGAAUGCUUGAAACCCUUUCAUCAUCUGUGUGGAUAUGAUUUUACAGUGUCACCUACAAAGACUGACUUUGCAUGUGACUGUGAGAUUGUGUAGAUGAAUGGCUACUGUGAUUUUACCGUCAUGUGUAAUAGCACAUAGCUAUGGCAAGCAUUCAUAAAAAAACCACAUAUAUUUGCGUGGUGUCGUUUUGCCUUGCUCAUGCAUGUGCUUGACGAUAAUUAUUGUUUUCGUUCUAUAAAAGCUUAGCUUGAGGCUUUAAUGUUAGAAAUAUUAUUCAAACCAAAACGUUCCCACUUUUUAAAUUUUAAAGCACACUUGCUUCAAGAAUAAUGUUUGUACACUACCAUUCAAAAGUUUAUAGGUAGGGUGGGCAAUUUCUUUCAUACACACUUUUUUUGUUAUGUACUUAUAUCGUACACAGUUGCUCAUGAACCAAAACAGCAAGCUUAUGCUGCGUUACCGUUACGAAAUUAGCAACCCGUGGUUCCCUCCUCAGACUCGGAUUUAUGUGAUUUUAUCUAUCAACACUACUAUCAAUGGUGAAAUGAACCUGCAGUCGUCAAGUGGUACAUCUGGAGUUCUGUAAGUUGUUUACAUUCAUUAUUACUUUAAUGUUAAGUGCUUUAAGACAUGAGGUAAUCGUCUCUUGUCUCGUGAUGCUUUGCGUUUAUGUGUUUUGAAGGAAGGUGGGAUCUUAUAUGCUUCAAAAGCUAGCCUGCUAUUGUUAGCCUGUUUGAAAUUACCUACUCUAGCUUAAAGGUCUGUAAGAUUAUUAUAUGUUUUUUAAAUUAGGCUGAUUUUUAUAAAAUAUGUGUUUGUUUUAAAGUUUAUCUGAUGCUGUUUGGUCUUUUAAUUAUUUUUAAACUUAUUAUGUCCACUGUAGAGUUUUUCAGGACACCUGUUGCCUAGCAACACCUAGAUGUCCUGGAUCACCGUGGGAGGCGAGUGUGAAUCUGAGGGGUUGUUUCGGUUCGAUACUGACGUUACAUAAGGGCCCCUGCGCUUCAAAGAACCUACAGUGAUUUUAUUGACUUUUUAUCCCUUGUUUUCGAGUUUUGGGCAUUUAACACUUUUGAUCAUAGCCUAUCUCUUUGUUACUUCUCGGUUUGUAACAGCUGAAAUGGCAUGCUUUUGUUUGAUUAAACCUGAUUCUACUUCUAGUUUUUAUUUCAGAUCUUGCAUUUAAAGAGAAAUAUUGUGUGGUUCUUGAAGUUUUGAACAUAUUGAAGUUCCUUGAGUGUCAAUAGGCUAUCUGAGGUACCUUCAAAAUGUUGCCCAGGAUUUCUCCAGUUCAACCAAAUGUGUCUUCUGAUUUUUACAGUUUAUUGGCUAUGUUUCAGUCUGGGGAUAUAUUUGGACCAAUGCUAGAUGUCUAAGCCAUAGGUCAGAUGCCAUACAUAGCCUCUAUACUACAGGCCAGGGGUCAUUUAAUGCCUACUUUGACGGCAGAAUCCUCCUGUCCAGACCUUUGCCCCUUAGCUCUUGGGAUAUGGCAGAAGUUAAGUGAAGGACACAUAAAACAGACUUCACCUCUGGACUUUUAUUGCACCCUUUUGAAGUUACUCUUCCUGAAACAAUCAAGUGGAUUGACUAACAUCUGCUGUUAUAUGACCUUAUGUACUUGAACAAGAAAAUCUGAAAUGUGAUACAAAAAGAAGAAAGUUAUACACAGACCAAUCAAAUUUGCUGGCAAAAAAGCACCGACCCAUUGAGGCAUGGACUCUACAAGAACGCCGAAGGUGUCCUUGGGUAUCAGGCACCAAGACAUUUGGUUAAGUCCUGCAGGUUGUGAGGUGGAGCCACCGUGGAGCAAACUUAAAGGUCCAGCACAUCCCACAGGUGUGGCUGCACACAGGAGAUCGCCAUCGGACGAGGAAGAAAGAAACAUGUUUACACCUGGAAAUGUGUUGAGGGAAAACUGCUGUACAGCGGAUCAGGACCAUGAGGUCAAUAAAUAAGAGCAUUGCCAUCUGGAAAUGCAUCUGAUACACUGUUUCUGCCUCAGACGUUAAACCAUGGGAAAUGUGGAGAGCCAAAAUGGAGGCCACGCCUACUACAGUGAGGGGCAGGGCCACCUCUCACGAAAGCACAUGACCCGAUCACUUCGCAUCUCCAACAAGCAGUCUCGACGAUCGCGUCAUGCCUCAACCAGCAAGGCUGAACACCGCAACUCCGAGACCAGCACAAAAUCUAGCAGCACACCUUCCAUUCCACAGUCCUUAAGUGAAAAUGGCCUGGAACCCUUCAAUGAGACAGAUGCUUUGGAGGGCUAUGGGGGCACCAUUUGGGUGGACCGGAUGGCCAUGAACUUGCGGCCGAUGUCCUUCCACGACAACUUGGCGGAUCCCACCAUCACGCCUGGCUCCGAAGAUGGAGUUGAGAUGGACACAGUGGUGGCAGAUGGUUGUGAUGAUGAUGGACUUUUCACAGGUGAGGACACAUACCUGCAGAGGACCAGAGACGGUCCUCUGGAAGGUGGCAGCUUCAAGAAGAAGCGCUCCAAAUCGGCAGACAUGUGGAGAGAGGAUUCCAUGGAGUUCUCCCUGUCGGAUCUAAGCCAAGAGCAUCUGACAAGCACAGAGGAGAUUAUAGGGACAAAUGAGGAUGAGGACAAAAGCUUUGCCAACUGUGGAGGACGGCGUCGCACCUCAAGCCCACGGACUCUCGAGUCUCACUCAGGAGAUAGAGCUAACUCUUUAGAUGAACUUUCCACUCUUCGUGGCUCCCACCAUCUCUAUAAUGGUCACAAUCCCGAGAGGACGGAAGGAGCCGGAAUGAACGACGAGAUCUUGUCUCCUGCGGAGGAGGAAGGGAGUGGAUAUGGAGCGUACACUCUUCCUUGUCGUCGUUCUCACUGCCUGUCUGAAGGACUGUCCAAUCAUAAGGCUACCAUCUGCUCACGUAUGCAGGGACGGCGUGCGCAAACAACACAUGAUAUCACAGCUUGUGAUGGCAGCGAGUAUGGAGACAGUGGUAUUGACGGUGGUGCAGCUGAGGUCGAGCACUCCUCGCGCCGUUGCAAGGCCAUGUCUGCGUCCUUCUCCGUCUACUCCACGGCUAGCGGAAGCAUCUUCGCGGGAAGUGACAGUGGCAGCAGCAGCGGAGGUGGAGGAGACCGUGAACGUCAAGCUGGUGGAGAUCAAGGUGUGUACGAGAACUUCCGUCACGAGCUGGACUUGAACUCCAGGCAGACGCGGGAAUUUCUCGAGGAAGCCAGUUCGGCUGCAAGCGAUGAAAGGAGCAGUGGAACGCUAAGCUCCGUUUACCCCUCAGACAUUCUGCUUAGCACGGUGCAGGGCACUGUGAGGAAGGCCGGCAUACUGGCUGUGAAGAACUUCUUAGUACACAAAAAGAAUAAGAGGGUGGAGUCAGCAGCGAUGCACUCUGUUUUUCUACGAAACGGAUGGGCGUUCAGGGAUUGAUCACAACAGCAUUCACAAACAUGCAGUCUGGGUGGAGAACAGCAUUGUCCAGGCUGUACCAGAACAUCCCAAGAAAGACUUCGUGUUCUGUCUGAGCAAUGCACUGGGAGACGCCUUUCUCUUCCAGACAUCAGGUCAAACAGAGCUUGAAAACUGGAUAACCGCCAUCCACUCAGCUUGCGCUGCGGUCGUCGCCCGGCAGCACCACCACGAGGACACGGUACGAUUGCUGCGUUCUGAGAUCAAGAAGCUUGAACAGAAGAUCGACAUGGAUGAGAAAAUGAAGAAGAUGGGUGAAAUGCAGCUCUCUGCUGUAACGGAUGGGAAGAAGAGGAAGACUAUCCUGGAGCAGAUAUUCCUUUGGGAGCAGAAUUUGGAGCAGUUUCAUAUGGACAUGUUCCGGUAUCGCUGUUACCUGUCCAGCCUGCAGGGCGGCGAGCUUCCAAAUCCAAAACGCCUACUUGCUGUUGCUUCCCGCCCCACCAAACUGUCCAUGGGUCGUCUUGGCAUUUUUUCAGUAUCAUCAUUUCAUGCCCUGGUGGCAGCGAGGACGGAUGGGGGAAUUCGGAAACGUACCCAAGCCCUGUCUCGUUCCUCCAGUAAACGGAAGAGCCGAUUCUCCUCUCUAUGGGGUCUGGACACUACCUCAAAAAAGAAAACCAAGGCAGACCCCAGCAUUAACCAGGUGUUCGUAGACGGGGAAGAGCCGGUUAAGAGGAAUCUCGAGCACAUGUUUGAGGACGCUGGAAAGGAGACACUGCAGAAGGACCAAGAGGGUUCGGUGAAAAGCCUCCCCCAACACAAGACGGACAAUGAAGUUUGGGUGCCUGACUACCUCACGCCAUCCUGGGUCUCUUUACCUGACGAUCGACCUGUGUUGGCUAUCAUACAACCGGGGGAGACAACCAUGGAGGCCCUGGAGUCACUGUGCAGGGCUCACAAACUGGAUCUUUCCAAGCACUAUAUACGGUUGAAGUUCCUUGUCGACAAUCAAUUGCAAUUGUAUGUCCCCAAGCCUGAGGAGGACCUCUGUGACCUGCUGUUCAAAGAAAUUGAAAUUUGUGCCAAGACAAACAAAGUCAUCCAGUUUGAUAGAGAUGAGUCCUGUGCCAUAGGCUAUGGUUUCUCAGUGGCCGUAGUAGAGGAGGAUGGACGCCAGCAGCUUCAUAUCACUGAUGCGAAAGCCGGAGGUCUGGCAUUCGCCAAAGGUCUGCGAGCAGGCGAUGAGAUUCUGAAACUGAACAGUAAGCCGGCGAGCGCUUUGGAGCUGGCAGACAUGCAGGCUGCGUUUUCUCUGCCCUCUCUCACCCUGACUGUCAGCACGCUGCCCGCUACCGAUCCACACCAGCUGUGCCAGCUGCCUCCCCGACGAUCGGAUGGGGCGCAGGACCUCUGCACUGACAUCUUUUCCCAGAGUCAGGAGGACAUCCUAGAUGAAGGUCUUGGCCUGGUUCUGCACAGCCCUGAUGACACUAUGGAGGACAGGGUAAACCUAAUGGCUGAGAGCCCCGCCGACAGCCUGGAGGAUGAAGUAGACUCAGCACACAAGAGUACGGAGCAGGUGACCGCUUUCUGCCGCAACCUUCAUGACAUGAAUUCCACCGAGGGUCCCGUUUUCUGUUCCUCGUCUUCCUCCACAUCUUCCUCCCCUUCAUCAUGUGUGCCCAGCCCCAUCACACCCAUGCCUGUUCUCUUCACCCCCCGCCAGCUCUCCGAUGCUUAUAAACUCCGUAAAGUCAUCAGUGAGCUGGUGGACACUGAGAGGACCUAUGUUAAGGACCUGAACAUUUUGAUAGAACGCUACCUGAACCCCCUGCAGAAGCAAAGCUUCCUUUCUCAGGAUGAGCUGGAUGUGCUUUUUGGAAACUUGGCGGAGAUGGUGGAAUUCCAAGUGGAGUUUCUGAAAACUCUGGAAGAUGGAACCAGAUUAGUUCCAGAUUUAGACAAACUGGAGAGAGUGGAUCAGUUCAAGAAAGUUCUGUUUUCUCUUGGCGGAUCCUUCCUGUACUAUGCGGACCGUUUUAAAAUCUACAGUGCAUUUUGUGCCAGCCACACAAAGGUCCCCAAGGUCCUUACCAAAGCUAAAACAGACCCGGUGUUCAAGGCGUUCCUGGCUGAGAGGAACCCCAGGCAGCAGCAUUCCUCCACACUUGAGUCCUACCUGAUCAAACCCAUUCAGAGAGUCCUAAAAUACCCACUACUCCUGAGGGAGCUUCACUCUCUCACCGACCCAGACAGCGAGGAACACUACCACCUGGAUGUUGCUAUGAAAGCCAUGAACAAAGUGGCCAGUCACAUAAAUGAGAUGCAGAAGAUUCACGAGGAGUAUGGAGCGGUUUUUGACCAACUCAUCAGUGAGCAGAGCUCUGAGAAGAAAGAGGUUGCUGAUCUGUCAAUGGGUGACCUCUUGCUACACGACACUGUGGUCUGGAUCAACCCACCCUCUUCUCUCAUGAAGGGGAAGAGAGACACAGAGCUGGCUGCGUUCGUUUUCAAAACGGCGGUUGUUUUUGUGUAUAAAGACUGCUCCAAGCACAAGAAAAAAAUUGGUGGAUCUCACAGAGCGUCAGUCCUUGAGGAGCGAGACCCGUUUCGUUUUAGACACAUGAUCUCUACAGACGCUCUCCAAGUUCGCAACCUCCCAAAUUCAGAGGGAUCUUCAUUGUGUGAGGUUGUUCACUUGAGGUCGGAAUCUGAAGGUAGACCUGAGAGGACCUUCCACAUCUGCUGCAGCUCUCCAGAGAGUAAAAAAGACUUCCUAAAGACAGUUCAUUCCAUCCUGAGGGAAAAACAACGACGUCAGUUAAUGAAGACAGAGAGUUUACCUCCAAAUCAGCAGUAUAUUCCCUUUGGAGGGAAACGGCUUUGUGCACUAAAGGGUUCACGACCGGCCAUAAACAGAGCGGUUUCAGACCCAUCUCGAACUCUCGGCCGCCGGAAACUGAUCCGUAAUCGUUUCACCAUAGACACAGGUGUGAUUUUUGAUGACGGCUCAUCCCAGGACCUGUCACCCAUCACCCCGACCCCGACAGACUUCCCGCUGUCAUCUUCACUCCAGAAACUCCAGCAGCCCAUCCAGGACACAGACCGCUGGGUGGAGGACCAGUUUGACCUGCAGCACUACGAAAACCAGAAUGACGUGAAGGAGACGGACAUCCUCAGCGACGACGACGAGUACUGCCAGUCCGUCCGGGCCCCUUCCGCUGAUCCGAGCCUGGAGGAAUCCUUCGAGGCCCUUUCGGUGGAAGGAGAGGAAGUCAAGGAUCCUAACGGACUCUCUGAGGACAAAUCUCCCAAAUCCCAAGCCCCCCCAAAGUUGACCCUCCUGAGAAAGCAGUGCGCAGUGGAGGGUGUCGCUUCCGAGAGGGACUGUGAGGUUAUUUGGGUUCGCAGGGACGAUUUUAAAAACAGCUGCAACAGUGACAUCUUCUGAGCGGAGAGAGAAUACGCGAACUGUGAACUUGUGCAAGAAUAAGGCAGAUACCUGCUGAGUCCAAGCCUUAUACAGACACGAUGCACUGACAAUCCUACUGACUAGCCAGAACUGAAAAACUUGCACCACAAAAACUUCUUGAGAUGCUUCAAACCACUCCACCCUUAACACAGGCUUACUGUCAUUUGAAUCCAGUUUCAUUCAAAGACGGCAACUGUACAGCCAAUGUAUUUAUAGAGGCUUCAUACUGACAUACAACAGGCAGCUACAUGUUCUUUUAGUUGAACUUUUAUUUUUGUUGUCGUUUUGUAUUAAAGGCAAGAUCGUGGUCGAUCUGAUCAGUUGUACUUCAUAUCCUCUUUUUUUUUUUUUUAAUCAGGGAUUUGUGAUUUAACGCUUCGUAUAACUUCGCUAGUUCUUUGUAUGGCUAUACGCAGGUGAUUUUGUUGAACGUGGCAAUAUCCCCUGGAACAACAGUUUCGACUAGCUGUUGAUUGCCGUUCCUGUUACAAACCCAACAGUUCCUCGCUUGCUGUCUUUGUUCCCUUUUAUUUAUAGGUCACCAGCAACCCAGUAUUAAAGAUCACUGUUCACCGAACAUGCAGAGAAAUGUUCUUGUACUUGAAUACUUAAGUAAGAACUGCAAUAAGAUAAGAUUUGUUUUUUCGGUUAUGAAAUCAAACUACCCAUAGUCCUCCAUCUAUGGGCUUUGGUGUGCUUGUAAAUUCAACAGCCAGACAUUAUAAUAUGAAGCACCCCAACAAAACUGUUAAAUGUAGCAGAAUUGUCCUGUUUAUACUUGGCGAAAAUGAGAUUUUAAAGAGUUGUUUAUGGUGUUUUGUACAAUGAUACAACAGAGGAACACGUUAAACCCUGCACGUGUAUUUUAAACACACAAUGAGACGCCCAUCCACGUGAAAUGCAAUCACUGCACCAAUUCAGCCAUGACUAUUUAAGAGAAAAGUGUAAAAACUCCUUGCUUUUACCCUCUGCCUUUUUGAGACUGUGUAUGUUCAUACUGUGGAAAUAAUUAUCCUAAAAUAAAUUUUCCUAAUUUAUAUUUGUAGUUUUAUCCAAAUAACUUUGUAUGUGGUCAGUACUUUUGUCAACAUGGUACCCAUUUGCGGGGUUUUAAAUAAAGUUUGGUGUGGUUUUUAAACACA